UCAACUGCGGUCUCCACUGCACCCCACUCCUAGACCUAAACUAAAUACGCCUUCCCCCCUUUUCCUCUCUCUCUCUCUCUCUCUCUCGUCUCAAGAGUCAAAAGCUUAUAUAAACCCCACCUCAACUUCUCCAAAGGCCGGCCUUGAUGGUUGAUGCUCAAUUAAGCACCCUCCAGGGCUAUAGCUAAUUCUACCAAAUAUUUUGUUCCUUCCCAUCUUCCAGCACUACUGUACUUGCUACUACCUCGGCCUAGCUUGGCUAGAACAAUUAGAAAACCAGUUCAGUUCCCCAAAAUAGAGAGAAAUUAUAAAAGAAAAAAACCCCCCAAUAAGAGAGAUGCAUAUACAUAUAUAUACCUAUGUACGUAUACAAGGAGGAGGGAAUUAGAUAAAGCAGUACGCUACAAAGGAAAGCAUCAGCAAUCAGGGAGGGGGGAGGUACCCUGCAGGCAGUUGCUUCAUCAGCCCUUCAGCCUGUCCUGCAUAUUGCUGCUGCUAGUUUUUGACUUGUAUCUGUUGCAGUAUGAAAUACUAGUCAGUUAGUUAAUAGUCGAUAGCAGUAGUUUUAAUGGGAAGGUCUCCUUGCUGUGAGAAAGCUCAUACUAACAAAGGGGCCUGGACCAAAGAAGAAGAUGAUCGACUAAUAGCUUAUAUUCGGGCACAUGGGGAAGGCUGCUGGCGAUCACUGCCCAAGGCUGCCGGACUUCUUCGCUGCGGCAAGAGUUGCCGCCUUCGAUGGAUCAAUUACUUAAGGCCUGACCUCAAGCGUGGCAACUUCACUGAAGAAGAAGAUGAGCUCAUUAUUAAACUCCACGGUCUCCUUGGCAACAAGUGGUCUCUUAUAGCUGGAAGAUUGCCGGGGAGGACAGAUAACGAGAUAAAGAAUUAUUGGAAUACCCACAUCAGAAGGAAGCUUUUGAGCCGAGGUAUAGAUCCCACUACUCAUCGCCCAAUCAGCGGUGGCGAACAACCAUCUGCUGCUGCUGCCGCCGCUUCUGCACCACCACCAGCAGCAGCAGCAGAAGUCAAAACUAUUUCCUUUAGCAGUGGCGGCGGCGUUGGUGCAACAGAUAAUACUAAUAACAAUGAAGUUGUUCAGGGGAAGAUGAUGCUGCUGAGCUGCGGGAGUACUAGUAAUAGUACGAGCGGAGGAAGCAAAGAGGAGGAGAAAAGCCCCGUUGGAAUUGGAGGUGGGGAGCGCUGUCCUGAUUUGAAUCUUGAGCUCAGAAUCAGCCCUCCUUACCAAUCCCAACAGCAACAAUAUUCUGAUCGUCAGGGCUUUCUGAUGACCGGAGGAGUUGGCAGAGGAAACAUGAGCGGCGCUACUGGCCCUCGUCGUACUACCAGUGGUAGUAGUGCAGUUUCUUUGUGUUUUACAUGCAGCUUGGGAAUACAAAACAGCAAAGACUGCACCUGCCAUAAUAAUAGUGCUGCUAUUGGCACCAGCAACCUUAACAUUGGUGGUGCCUAUGACUUUCUAGGUUUAAAGGGCAGCAGUGUUUUGGACUACAGAAGCUUGGAGAUGAAGUAAAUUUUUUAGUUUAUUUUUAUAAAUCUUCUUCUGGGUAAAAAAAAGAGAGAGAUGAGAAAGACGCAGUGGUAUUUAAUACAAAUCUUUCUUGUUUUCUCUGAGUCUGUACAAAUAACGAUAUGUUCAUCAUUGAUCAGUGCAUAGCAUUUUAUGAUAGACAGUGUAUCAUCAAUAGAAAUGAUGAUUGAUUCGCCAUCUGAAAA